AUGACAUGUCAAUGUAACAAAAUCGUAAAUAGAACGGUAAAGGGUAAUUUGAACAAAUCCUACCAAUCUUACGCGAAAAGUCUGAUCCGAAAACUAGUCUCCACAAUUUUCUGGAUCAUUGGUCUACCUAAUUUCUUAGAACCCGACCCGGUUUCAACUCCAUGGCCCGAGCCACCACCAAACUCCACCACUUCAAGCCACGGUAGCCACCAAGACUCUUACCUGUACUCAGCAGCGAUACUAGCCGGAGAGAUCUUGCCCGUUGUUCGAUUCUCGGAUCUAAACCGACCCGAAUCCGAAUGUUGUGCAGUGUGUCUUUACGAUUUCGAAAACGACGAUGAGAUCCGACGGCUGACGAAUUGCAGUCAUAUAUUCCAUAAGGGAUGUUUGGACCGUUGGAUGAUGGAUUAUAAUCAGAUGACGUGUCCACUUUGUCGUACGCAGUUCAUACCUGAUGAUCUUCAAAUGGCGUUUAGUCAAAAGCUUUGGUCUGAAUCUAGUGAAGUUUCUGAACUUCUUGUUGAGUCAACUUAG